CAGGCCGGCAUGGAGGGCCCGGCGGGCGACCCGUACCGGCGGCCGGCGCGGCGCACGCAGUGGCUACUGAGCGCCCUGGCGCACCACUACGGGCUGGACCGCGGCGUGGAGAACGAGAUCGUGGUGCUGGCAACCGGCCUGGAUCAGUACCUGCAGGAGGUCUUCCACCACCUGGACUGCCGCGGCGCCGGCCGCCUGCCCCGCGCCGACUUCCGCGCGCUCUGCGCGGUGCUGGGGCUGCGCACCGAGGGGUCCCCGGCAGGCUCGGAAGCCGCCGAGGACGCGGCUGGCGGAGGCGCGGACUCUGGGGAUGUGAGCGCCGGGGAGGGGGACGCGGACGUGGAGGAGGAGGCGCGGCUGGCGCUGUGUGCCGAGCCGCCCGAGCUCACCUUCCGCCAGUUCCACGCGCGCCUCUGCGGCUACUUCGGCGCCCGGGCGGGGGCCCGGCUGCCCCGCGGCGCCCUCAGCGAGCACAUCGAGACGCAGAUCCGCCUGCGCCGCCCGCGCCGCCGCCGCCGCGCGUCCCGCGAGCCCGGCCCCGACGGCGGCCCCGGCGGCGGCGCGGACGGCGAGCGCGUGGCGCGCCUGGAGGAGGAGAACGGCAGCCUGCGCGAGCUGGUGGAGGACCUGCGCGCCGCCCUGCAGAGCAGCGACGCGCGCUGCCUGGCGCUGCAGGUCGGCCUUUGGAAGAGCCAGGCGGGCGGCCACGAGGAGGGGCUCGGAGGGCCCGAGGCGGCGGCGGCGCGGGAGCUGCGGCAGGCGCGGGGCGCCCUGGCGGCGGCCGAGGCCCGCGCGGGCAGGCUGCGCCGGGGCCAGGCCGAGGUGCGGCGACGCGCGGAGGAGGCCCGGCAGGCGGUGCUGCGCAGCCUGCGGCGCGUGCGUGAGCUGGAGGCGCUGGCGCAACAGGUGCCCGGCCUGCGGCGCUGGGUGCAGCAGCUGGAGGCGGAGCUGCAGCGCUACAGGUCAGAAGGCCCCCAGCUCCCAACACCCCCAAGAGCCAGCCCAGAGCCAGGAGACAGGAGUGACAACUUUGAGGAUGGUGGGACCAGAGACGCAGACGCUGCCCCGAAGGGAGCCUGGUCGUCGGACAGCAGCUCCGGGAGCAGAGCCCUGGAUGAAGUGGGUGAGCAGCUGUUCCGCUCCGUGGAGGGCCAGGCUGCCUCGGACGAGGAAGAAGAGGAGGAGGAGGAGGAGGAGAAGUGGCGGGAAACGCAGAAGCCCCCAGCGGCCGAGGCCCUGCUGGCUCGGCCCUCCAGCUGCGGCAGUGGGUGUGAUGACCAGACGGCCAAGAAGCUCACGACCUACUGCAGCCACCUGGGCGCUGCCGACUGCACCUGUGUCCCGGGGGCGCUGGAGGCCCACGUCGCCAGGCCGGGGACCCAGGGCUGCGGCGGGAAGGCCCUGGGGACGCCGGCGGAGGAGGCAGAGCUGCAGCGCAGGGUGGAGGAGAGUGAGCACCUGAGGCUGGAGCUGCAGAUGGUGGAGACGGAGCGGGUGCGGCUGGCCCUGCUGGAGGAGAAGCUGGUGGACGUGCUGCAGCUGCUGCAGAGGCUCCGGGACCUGAACAUAUCAAAAAGGGCCCUGGGGAAGACACUGCUGAGUGCCCUGGAUGCCUGCAGGGACCCCGCCCAAGAGGGAAGAUCUGGCCCCUCAGCCACCCUGGACGCCCUGCACCAAGCCUUGGCCAGCUGCCAGCUCUUGCGGAGACAGCCCCCAGCCCCAGCCCCCGCAACUCCUGUGCUCCCCAAUCCUCUCCUCAUCUCCUGCUGAGGCCACUGGCCCUGCUGUACCACCAUCAGACCAGCCUCCAUGGUCAGCUGACCACAGUCAGACUGCCCCCAAGACCAGCCUGACCUCCGCCGUCAGACCACCACCACGUCACCUGAACUCAGGAGGCCCCGUAUUCUUGCCACCAACAUCCACGCCAGAAGCCGGCGGCUGCUGGCUCAGCCUGCUGCCCAGAGGUGCCCGCCUUGCCGCCCAGCCUGGCUUGGAAUCUCUUCCCUCAGGUCCCAGGAUCUCCUCUCUCCAGCACUGUCCUGUCCCUUGCACCAGCGUGUUGCUGUAAGGGAGGCCUAGCCCAACCUUGGGGACACAUCUGACCCCCGGGAAAAACCGGUGGAAUUCCAAGGAGGGAGUGAUCACGGUGGGCUGCCUGGUGGAAGCUGGCCUUGAGCUAGCUCCAGAAGACAAGCAGGGCCAAGAGAGGGGAAGGAAGAGAUUGAAUCUAAGGAACAGCAAGAGCAAAAGUGUGAUCUCAGCAAACCGCGCCCCCACCCCUGCUAAUACAGUGCCCAGGGCCCCUCUUUCCUGAACACGCCUCUCAUCUAAAAUCGCACAGGACAGGAAGCUGUGUGUGACACCAGUGCUAACCUGAGGCAAGAUAAGACGAGCCCCAUCAAGAGGGGUUUGUCUGAGCCAGGAGUGUGAGUGCACUACAUGGGUACAGCUGGGAAAGGGGGACACCCAGUCCGCGAGGUCUGCGCCAUGAGGAAGGGGCAGGGGCAGGCCAUGGGGGCUUCAGUGGCAAGUGAGGAUCCCAGAGUUGAUUUCACAGGCAACAGGGAGCCACUGAAGGCUUGCAGCAGGCACUGGAGACAGGGGGAGGAGUGAAGGGGCAGCCACAGAAGUGUGGGUGCAAAGGACCAAGGCGUAGCCUAGUCAACUGCAGAAAAUCAAAGAUAAAACAUCCCGAAAGAUGCCAGAGGGGAAAAUAAGCCCUUAAAGGGGGAGGAACCACAUCAGAAUCGCAUCCAACUCACCCACAGAAACUGUGCAAACACCAAGAGACAGACAAAGCCACACCAACCUACAAUUCUAUAUCCUAGGAAAUCACCCUUCAAACGUGAAGAGGAAAUAAAGACUUUCUCACAUAAACAGAUAAGUAGGAAACUGCUUGCGUGAAAUUCAAAACAAGUCCUUCAGAGAGAAGGAAAAUUACACGAGGUAAAAAACUCAGACCCUCAUAAAGAAAGGGAGAUCGUUAAAAAAGGAACAAGUGAAGGUAAAAUAAACUUUUAGUUUUCUUAUUUC